GCGCUGUGCGGCGGGGUGCUGCGGGAAGGACGGCUCGCGGGGCCGCGCGCUCACCCCGAGGGGGACCUGGGAGCCGCCGGAUUGCAGGGCUGGUGUACCAGCGUCAGGCCGGAAGAGCCUGCCUGCACCCCCUGUGCCCUGCCCCUGCCACCGGCCCAGUGGAGCCAGGACCAGCUGCUGCUUGCCUUCCCGCUCCCACGCUGUCCCCUGGCCUCCGGUCAUGGCACCCCUGCUCGGCCUGCUGCUGGUGGCCCUGGUGGGCCUGCCUCUGGCCCAGGCUCUGGACUGCCAUGUGUGUGCCUACAACGGAGACAACUGCUUCAACCCUAUGCGCUGCCCCGCCAUGGUCUCGUACUGCAUGACCACGCGCACCUACUACACCCCGUACCGGAUGAAGGUGAGCAAGUCCUGUGUACCCAGCUGCUUUGAGACGGUAUACGAUGGCUACUCCAAGCACGCAUCCACCACCUCCUGCUGCCAGUAUGACCUCUGCAAUGGGGCUGGCUUUGCCACCCCAGCCCUCCUGGCCUUGGCCCCCAUUCUCCUGUCCACCCUUUGGGGUCUGCUGUGAGGCCCUGGCUCCCAGGGAAGACCAACUCAAAAGCAAAGCUCUCAAGAGACUCUUGUACCCUCUUAUACUGCACCCCACUCAACCCCACUUCCUACUCUCCUGAGACUCCCGCCAGCCGUCCCCAGGCCCAGGGCUGUCAGGGAGGACUGCUGAGCUCCAGCUUCCCAUAGAACCUCGCUUCAGGGCCAUGACAGUCACUUCUCAAACGGCUGCUGUGUGACCCUGAACCUCCAGGGUGCCGGGCCCUCCUCUGUGGGGGGAAGGGGCCAGAGUGCUGUUUGUAGCCGGAGGGAGUCCAGGCAGUUCAGGAUCACUGAUUUCAUGGGGGCAGCAGCCAAACCCCCACCUUCCAUGCAGAAAGCUCCCACUCAGCGUGGUAGGUGCUGGGUGGAAGGAGGGAAGAUCAGGAGCCAGCUAGGGGCCGUGCAGGACCCAGCAGGGCUUCUUGCCCAGGGCAGGAUGGAGUGAGCCAAGGGGAGGAAGGCCUUUGUCACUGCCAGCUGCUCCUGGAGCUCUGCCAAGUUUAGAGUCCUAGAGCGCUUGGCCAGGGGAGUGGGCAGUGCACCUCACCAGGCCUGCUGUCCCUCCAGUGCUCGAGGCUGUCUGGGGCACUGGGAGGCGUAUGCGCCCAGGGCGCAGCUAGACCCCUUCACCUUCCCAUCCUCCUCUCUCCCCACCCUGGUAUGAGGCCCAGUAUCCUGAGGCUGGCAGGGAUCGGGGACGUGGGGGUGGACAGGCUGUGCUAUAUUCAGUCUGGCCUGCCUGCUGGCCAGGGCCAGCGCUAUUCUGG